AUGGGCCGUCUAUCAGCCAGCCAGGCUACUCCGCCUGCCUACAACUCUGACCAGGAGAAAGCCGCCAAUACAAAGGGGACGAGUUUCCUGGCCGGCAAUAUCUCAGACGAUAAUGACUUCGAGAAGAGGGACCACACCCACCGCAAGCUCAAGUCUCGGCACAUCCAGCUCAUUGGUAUCGGUGGUACCAUUGGAACUGCCCUCUAUGUGCAAAUCGGCAAGGGGCUCCUGAAUGGCGGCCCGGCCUCUCUCCUGCUGGCUUUUGCGAUCUGGUGUACCUUCAUUCUCUGCGUCACGCUGUGCAUGGCUGAAAUGGUGACAUACACGCCCAUCUCCUCCCCGUUCAUCCGCUUUGCUGGCCGGUACGUCGACGAGGCCUUUGGGUUCGCCGCCGGCUGGAACUUCUUCGUCUUCGAGGCGGCCAUGGUCCCCUUCGAGAUCGUCGCCUGCAACCUCAUCAUCAACUUCUGGAGUGACGCUGUGCCCGUCGGUGCCAUUGUUGCCAUCAUCCUCGUCCUGUACGCCCUCAUCAACGUGCUCGCUGUGAAAUGGUACGGGGAGUCCGAGUUCUGGGCCGCCCUGGGAAAGGUCAUCCUCAUUGUUGCGCUCAUUCUGUUCACCUUCAUUGUCAUGCUGGGUGGGAACCCCAACAAGGACCGGUUCGGUUUCCGGUACUGGUAUUCUCCGGGUGCUUUCACUGAGCUGUAUUAUGAGGGGACUCUGGGGAGGUGGUUGGGGUUCUUGCAGUGCCUUAUCCAGGCUUCCUUCACCAUCGCCGGCCCCGAUUACGUCUCCAUGGCUGCUGGUGAAGCCGAGAACCCGAGAAAGGUCAUGCCCCGUGCCUUCAACUCCGUCUUCUAUCGUCUCACUAUCUUCUUCAUCCUCGGCGCGCUUUGCGUUGGUAUUCUCGUGCCGUAUGAUUCCCCGGAAUUGAUCGCAGCCUUCAAGGAGGGCAAGCCAGGUGCCGCUGCCUCCCCUUACGUCGUCGCCAUGGAGAGGCUCAACAUUAGCGUCUUCCCCCACAUCGUCAACGCCUUGGUUCUCACCUCCGCCUGCUCCGCCGGCAACUCAUACGUCUACUGCGCCUCGAGAUCCCUCUACGGUCUCGCCCUCGAGGGCAAGGCACCCAGGUUCCUGACCACCUGCACCAAAGCCGGUGUGCCCAUCUACUGUGUCGUAGUCGUCCUGCUGAUCGGCCUUUUGUCCUUCCUGCAGCUGUCGGAGAGCUCGGCGGUGGUGCUGAGUUGGUUCGUGUCUUUGGUCACGGCGUCGCAGCUCAUGAACUUCUGUGUCACCUGCGUGGCCUACCUCUGCUUCUACAGGGCGCUCAAGGCGCAGGGGGUGAGCCGAGACACUUUACCGUACAAGGCGUGGUUUCAGCCUUAUGCCGCUUGGUAUGCCCUUGUCGGAACGUUUGUGAUGAUGUUCGUCGGUGGAUACACGGUGUUCUUGCCUAUUGAGGGGAUGUGGAAGGUCACUGAUUUCUUAUUCUCGUAUAUGAUGAUCAUGGUGUGCCCCGUUCUCUUCCUCGGCUGGAAGAUCAUCCACAAGACCAAGUUCCACAGGGCAUCAGAGAUAGACCUGAACCGGGACCAGGAUGUUCUCGCUGAAUAUGAGAGGAACUAUGUCCCAAUUCCGCCCAGCAACUACUUUGAGAAGAUUCUGGACAAGGUGUUCGGUUGA